GUCAACAGAAAAGGCUAUCACUCGAUUAAUACACAGUUGAUCUGUGAUUGGUGUUUAAGAAUAAUGAAUGUAAACGCACGUUAUCCUGGCAGCAGUCAUGAUUCGUACAUUUGGAAUAAUUCCAAUGUAAAGAAUGCAAUUAUCCAUCUAUACAGACGAUAUCCGAACAAUAAUUUUCAUUUACUAGGUGACUCAGGAUAUCCCUUACGGCCUUGGAUAAUGACUCCUGUAACGGAUGCAGCGCAAAAUAGUCCGGAAGAAGCCUAUAAUAAAAAGCAAAUAAAAUGUCGCGCAUUAAUAGAACAGUGCAAUGGU